GCGGCUGCCGGUCCGGCAGUUGCGCGGGGAUUUUGAGUGCAGGUUGGCGGCUUCUCCUCGGACCAGAUCUCGGGUAUUCUCGGUUACUGUGACUGUGUUUUCCGGGAAUACCGGACUGAUUAUGCUUGUAGUCCAGCGGGCGUGAGCUCAUAUGAGUGCCCGUCAUGGACAGGCCUGUCAGGGUUAAGAAAGCAGUUGAUUAUUCGCAGUUCGGAGAUCUGGAUAAUGACGAUGAGGACUUUGCAUGUUCCUCUGCGCCACCAACUAAAAAAGCUCGGGUGGAAAUAAAAAAAGACAAAAAGGAGAAACCUGUAAAGAAGCCUCAGAAAGAAGAUUCUUCAUCACAGGAAGCGUCGCAGGGGAAAAGACUUCCAUUGGAUGAGAAACUCUACAAAAGAGAUUUAGACGUAGCUUUGGCCCUCUCUGUACAGAAUACCACGGCCAUCGUGGAAAGCAGUGGAGACCAGCUGGACAAAGGUUCACCACCACCAUUUACCGAUACCAAAGAUGCUGAUACUUCCUUUUCAAACUGCAGUGUGGACGGCAGUGCUUUAGGUCUGGAUGAGAUCUCAGACAAUCCAGAAGAUCAGGUUAAAGGUCGAAGUCGCAGGCAAGCAGCAAGCAAAGCCAUUACAGAACAGAGGAAGCUUCUAGCGGACGACAGUGAGGAAGAAGAGACAGAAGAGGAGUUUAAGCCAGAGGUAGCAGCUUAUGAAAGCUCUGAAAGCAACUCCAGCUUGAGUGAGGAGGACGAAGAGUUUGAUCUGAAGAAGACAAGCAAAUUAAAACCAAGUAAAGGAAACAAGCAGAAGGGUGCCAAAAAGACUGACAAGAAAGAGAAAAUCGUUUCCAAACCCAAGGCUCCUGGGCGUUCAGCUGUACCUUCCGUGCCUAUAAAGUCAAAACCACCACCAGCACAGAGGGCGCUUGUCUCUUCCCCUGCUCCUGUAAAACCAACGCUUCACCAGAGCCCUCCAGUAGGCAUGAAAAAGCAGAAAUGGACACCCCCAGCUACAGUUAACAAUGUGAAAAGCUCACUCGGAGGGGCUGCUGUAAGGUCACCCACCCAAGGUCUCCGGCUCGGCCUAUCGAGAUUUGCCAGAGUCAAACCGUUGCAUACGACAUUUGUCAACGAUUAAGUUUGGACUUUUGACGACCUAUAUGAUAAAAAAAAGUGUGAGGAAAAAAAACAUUCCUUGGAUUUUAGCAGCUCGGUCAGCAAGCCAUUUUCAAACAAGAAAUAGCCAUUUUAAAUCACUAACGAUAAUUGAAGCAACUGAUGUGGAUAUUUCUCUGGAAAUGCUAUGGGGAUCCGUGGUGACACGAGACCACCGGAAACACGACUGUAACCGCAGCUGUCCUAUUGAAUGGAGAAGUAUAAGCCACUUAACUCCUUUCGGACUAUUAUAAAGAUCCUCUUCAUAUAAAAUAUGAACGUUCGUUUUUCAGAAGAGGUGCUGCCUGAUCAGCAUCGGGGACUCUGAACAAUAUUCCGGAAUUGCACGGCGGUUGAUGUGGCUGUCCAGGCGGGCCGUGAUAAAAUUCCCCACUUUGUAAUUAACUGUACCCCCUCUUUUUAAUUGUAUUUUAUAUGUUCCCUAUUGAUUUUAUCAGAUUUGUUUCCUUCACUUCUUGCUGUUUAGUAACUAUGAAUAAAUGUUUUGGUUUUUUUAAA